ACAAGCUCUAGAACUCUUCCAUGGUUCCACGUCUUCAAAGUUAUGCGCCAUCAGGAUGCCGUAUUCAAGUGAGCAUCGAUCGCUAAGAAGUCCGCAUGGGAAGAGACUAUUGAAUGCCACCAACACUGGCUUCGUACAAUGAAUGGGCUGUCUCACCCACCAACAUUCUUUUGUUGCUUUCCCAUGCGCCCUUGUUUUUCUGCUUUUGCCACGGGAAGUGUAGACGAGGUACCGGUCAGUAGUGCGUCGCGAAGGGGCCCUGGUGCCCGCAAAGUUCAAACCUUCCUGUUUCACACCAUGCCAAGGCAAAACAUGCUAGGCGUCAAAGCAAGUCGAUAAUCUGUGAUAACCUGUGUGCAUAUAUGGUGAAGAUAGCAGCCGCUUGCUCCGCCAGACCGUCUUGUGCUUCUUCUCACGUCGCUAUUCUUUCCUGGCCUCCACAACACGAGUGUACCACCAAAGCACAGGUCUAAUUUAAGACUCGUGAGCUUUUGGGCAUUUCAAAGCAACCAACGGCGCGCGUGGCGACCACCACUUACCCCUGUCGACCCUAUCACAGCGCGCCGGCAUUAGUCUAUCUUGGGUGCCUUCGACGGCCCGCUCCCCAAACAGAGAGUGUGGCUUCAGCCCUCUCUGCAUUAUAUACUCUACAGUGGCUCGCUCUCGGCCCUCCCUCCUCCGGAUAUCCCGUAUUAUCACGCUCUGACAGACAUUGCCAUCUGGCACUUAAGGAAGGCUGGCCCUUCAUCUACCGACAUAUCUAUAACCCCCCCGGUUCCUCGCCCCCGUAAUCGAUAUUGAUCCUUCGUUACGCUGCUGUCCUGCUUCUUUCAUCCACUGCAUGCGGUAGCCCACCAACACUCCGUCGGCUCUCCCCCCACGCAAGCCGUGUACCGGCCGCUGACGCCUUUAUAUCAUCCACCUCGCCUCCUCACCCCACCCUGUACCUUAUCCGCGCGAUAUGGCUUCCCCUGCGAAGAGUGCGACGGCGCACAUGGCCACCACAACCCUCAAAGUGGAAGGCAUGACAUGCGGUGCAUGCACGUCCGCCAUCGAAUCCGGCUUUCAAGGUGUGGACGGAGUAGGAACUGUGUCCAUCAGUCUGGUCAUGGAGCGUGCCGUGAUCCAGCACGACCCAAACAUAAUAUCGGCGGACCAGCUCAAGGAGACCAUUGAAGAUCGAGGUUUUGAUGCCGAGGUGCUUUCAUCCGAUCUGCCACUGGCUGCCCCGGACCACUUUUUGAGCGACUCGGAAGAAGAAGACGAGCCCGAAUCGCACGAUGCCAUUACCACGCUCUCGGUUGGCGGUAUGACUUGCGGUGCUUGCACAUCGGCGGUAGAGGGCGCAUUCAAGGACGUUGCUGGCAUCCAGUCCUUCAGUAUCUCCUUGAUAUCCGAGCGCGCGGUUAUUGGACACGAUACCACUGUAAUAUCUCCCGAGCAGCUAGCAGAAGCUAUCGAAGACGUUGGAUUCGAUGCUGCCAUUGUGGAUACUGUAGUUCAAAAAGCCGACAAAGGAUCUAGCAAGGGUUCCAAAGAGAAGAAGUCGUUGACCACCACCGUCAGUGUGGAGGGCAUGACCUGCGGCGCUUGCACAUCGGCCAUCGAAGGGGGUUUCAAAGGCGUCGAUGGUGUUUACCAAUUCAACAUAAGUCUGAUCGCGGAACGCGCGGUUAUUGUGCACGAUCCCGCAAAACUCACCGCAGAUCAAAUCGUAGAAACCAUUGAAGACCGAGGGUUUGAUGCCAAGAUUGUUUCUUCUCUCGACGGCAACGUACAACAAACCCUCACCAAUAAUGGCCCGAUCUUCCUCAAAGUCUACGGUCUCCCCAAUGCGAAGGCUGCCGAAGAAUUGGAAUCAUCGCUGAAGCAACAGCCGGGCAUCACGUCUGUCACCAUCAAUUUCAGCACAUCUCGAGCGACGAUCCAGCAUGAUUCCAAGAUUAUUGGUCUUCGGGCCACGGUGGAAGCGAUCGAAGCUACUGGCUAUAAUGCCCUUGUGGCAGACUCCGAGGACAACAAUGCCCAGCUGGAAUCACUUUCCAAAACAAAAGAAAUUCAAGAGUGGAGACAGGCACUCAAGAUAUCAGCGUGUUUCGCUCUGCCCGUCUUUCUCACGAGCAUGUUCAUCCCCAUGUUUUUACCAUUCCUAGACUACGGAAGUCUUGAGAUCAUGAAAGGCCUCUUCCUCGGUGACAUUGUUUGCCUGGUGCUCACCAUUCCUGUCCAGUUCGGUAUUGGCAAGCGGUUCUACAUUUCUGCUUACAAGUCUCUCAGCCACGGCUCGCCCACCAUGGAUGUCCUAGUUGUGCUCGGAACAUCAGCCGCGUUUUUCUUCAGUUGCGCUUCUAUGCUGGUUUCGUUUUUCAUCCCCCCGAACUCAAAACCCACGACACUCUUCGAGACAAGUACUAUGUUGUUUACAUUCAUCUGCAUAGGCCGAUAUCUUGAGAAACGUGCGACGGGCCAGACCUCAAAGGCCUUGUCAACGCUCAUGUCCCUUGCGCCGUCUACUGCUACAAUUUACGCAGACCCAAUCGCCGCUGCAAAAGCUGCGGAAGGCUGGGAUGUGAAGGACGAGAAGAGCGAACGGCAAUCAAUGGACGGCAACGCUAUCGAAGAAAAGAUCAUUGCUACCGAGCUUAUCGAAGUCGGUGAUGUUGUCGUCCUUCGCCCCGGAGACAAGAUUCCUGCCGACGGCACUGUGACACAAGGAGAAUCCUAUGUUGAUGAAAGCAUGGUCACUGGAGAAGCCAUGCCAGUUCAGAAGAAGAAGGGCUCCCUUCUCAUGGCUGGUACCGUCAAUGGCGCAGGUCGGAUUGACUUUGUCGUGACACGAGCUGGUCGAGACACCCAACUCAGUCAAAUUGUGCGUCUCGUCCAGGAAGCGCAGACCAGUCGUGCGCCCAUUCAAAGACUGGCGGAUACGGUCGCCGGAUACUUUAUUCCCAUUAUCGUAACUCUCGGUCUAUCCACUUUCGUCGCAUGGAUGGUUCUUAGUCACAUUCUGCCCGACCCCCCGAAAGUCUUUCAGGAUCACGCAAGUGGAGGCAAGCUGAUGGUCUGCCUAAAACUUUGCAUCGCGGUCAUUGUGUUUGCAUGCCCCUGCGCACUCGGUCUUGCCACACCUACCGCUGUCAUGGUCGGCACGGGUGUCGGAGCUGAACAAGGUAUCUUGGUCAAGGGCGGCGCUGCUCUGGAGACUGCCACCAAGGUCAACCACAUUGUUUUCGACAAAACCGGCACAUUGACUGUAGGAAAGAUGAGCGUUUCCAAGGCUGAUAUCCAGGGCGAAUGGGCCGCGGAUGAAUACAAGAAGCAACUCUGGUGGACUUUGAUCGGCCUUGCGGAGAUGGGUUCGGAGCACCCGAUUGCGAGAGCCAUUGUCCAAUCUGCAAAAGAACAGCUUCGACUUGGACCUGACAAUACCCUCGAUGGAUCUAUUGGAGACUUUGAGGCUGUUGUGGGUAAGGGUAUUGCCGCGUCUGUCGAAGCUGCUUUGUCUCGCGAGAGAACUCGCUACAGAGUCCUCAUCGGCAACGCAGCCUACUUGACCUUGGAGGGUGUGAAUGUACCGGACUUUGACGAUGAAUCGGCGGACCUUUCUGCAGCUGCCAACCCCCGUGGUGGAAGACAAGUUCGCUCCGCUGGUUUGACCACCAUUCAUACCGCCAUUGGCAAGACAUACACGGGUACUCUUGCUCUCUCCGACACCAUUAAGCCAUCCGCUCGCGCUACUGUAAUUGCCCUUCGCCGACUUGGCAUCACUUCAUCCAUCGUCACCGGAGACACAUCAUCUUCUGCUCUCGUGGUUGCAGCUCAAGUUGGAAUCGACCCCGAAGACGUUCACGCCUCCGCCACUCCCCAAGACAAAAAGGCUAUUGUGGCAGAUCUUCAAUCGCGCGGACGGAUAGUCGCCAUGGUCGGCGAUGGUAUCAAUGAUUCUCCUGCUCUCGCUUCCGCAGACGUCGGUAUCGCUUUAUCCACUGGCACAGAUGUCGCCAUGGAGGCUGCUUCUAUUGUGCUCAUGUCGACAACCGAUCUCCUUGCUAUACCCGCCAGUCUUUGCCUGAGCAGAGCCAUCUUCAAGCGCAUCAUGCUGAACCUUGCAUGGGCGUGCAUGUACAACGUGGUCGGCCUUCCAUUCGCAAUGGGCUUCUUCCUACCCUGGGGUCUCAGUCUGCACCCCAUGGCAGCUGGUGCAGCCAUGGCAUGCUCGUCCGUGUCAGUGGUGCUCAGCUCGCUUCAUCUCAGGUACUGGAAACGACCCAGCUGGUUGAAGGUGUCCAAGUUGGACCCCACUUCCGAGAUCCCUGAGAGCGAGAAGGAGGCUGAGAGGAUGAGCGCCUCGGAGAGAGGUGUGUUUGGCACCGCAGUUGACUGGGUCAAGGAGACGAUUGCCGCGAGAAGGAGAAAUAGGGAGGAGGUCGGGUAUGUGCCUUUGAGGGACAUGGGAGAUCACUAG